CUCCCUGCACACCCAGCUGCCAGCCCAGCCCUGCCCGCACCCCCCACAUCAUUCCCUGUGUCCCGCACCCUCACCUCGCCUCUCCCGGUGCCAGUGCGAUCCCAUCGCGAUCCAUUAUCGCUACGGGCGACCGUGUCUCUUUAACAGGCUCCGCUGGUGACACGCGUGUGCGUGUGUGCAAACGCGCGUGUGCGUGUGCUCCCAGCUCCCUGGGCUGGCUGGCAGGAGGGACCCCCCUUCUCCAUCCCCCCGGAUCCGGAUCCGGCCCCAUUCCCCCCCUCCACUCCCCGCUUAUUUUUCCUGUUGUUUCGCGGGGUUGGGGCGGGGGCCGGGCGGGAUCCGGCCCCUUUGCCAACGGGGAUUUUUGGGGGGAUUAUUCCCGGUUUUCUUCCUGGUGGUUUUUUUUCCUGCAACCGAGAGAAGACGGGCACAAGGCAUGGCAUGAGCUUCGGGAGACGGGGCUGGAGAGAGACCUGUGGAAGAUGUCGAGCCCGAGAAACGGCGACACCAAGCCCCCAUGUUUGCCCCGCAAUGGACUGGUGAAGAUCCCCACGCAACCCAACGGCCUCGGCUCCGCCAGCAUCACCAAAGGCACCCCCGCCAUGAAAAACCGCCUGUGCCAGCCUUCCUCCGUGCCUGCCAUCCUCAGCCCGGCCUUAGCCCACCGCAGCGACCUGCCCAUCCCCAGCCUGGCCUCCCCACUCUCCUUGGCUGCCCUGGCCAGCGUGUCCUCCCCUCCCGGCGCUUCCCUGGUGGGACUGAACGCGAGCGAGGGUUCGGAGCAGCCCUCGCCGGAGCGGCUGCCGGGCUCGCCCUCGGAGAGGCAGCUGGCGGUGGACGAGAAGAUCCUCAACCGCUUGUUCUGGUACUUUUCGGCGUGUGAGAAGUGUGUGCUGGCACAGGUGUGCAAGGCGUGGCGGCGGGUGCUUUACCAGCCCAAGUUCUGGGUGGGCUUGACACCCGUCCUGCACACCAAAGAGCUCUACAACAUCCUGCCUGGUGGGGAGAAGGAGUUUGUCAGCCUACAGGGCUUCGCCGUCCGUGGCUUUGACGGCUUCUGCCUCGUGGGCGUCUCUGACCUGGACAUUUGUGAGUUCAUUGACAACUACCCCCUCUCCAAGAAGGGAGUCAAGUCCAUGAGCCUCAAGAGGUCGACCAUCACAGAUGCGGGGUUGGAGGUGAUGCUGGAGCAGAUGCAGGGCGUGGUGCGGCUGGAGCUGUCGGGCUGCAACGACUUCACGGAGGCGGGGCUGUGGUCCAGCCUAAACGCCCGGAUCACGGCCCUGAGUGUCAGCGACUGCAUCAACGUGGCCGACGACGCCAUCGCCGCCAUCUCGCAGCUCCUGCCCAACCUCACCGAGCUCAACCUGCAGGCCUACCACGUGACGGACACGGCGCUCGCCUACUUCACCGCCAAGCAGGGCUACACCACCCACACCCUGCGCCUCAACUCCUGCUGGGAGAUCACCAACCAUGGUGUGGUCAACAUGGUGCACAGCCUGCCCAACCUGAGCGUCCUCAGCCUCUCGGGCUGCUCCAAGGUGACGGAUGACGGGGUGGAGCUGGUGGCUGAGAACCUGCGGAAGCUGCGCAGCCUCGACCUCUCCUGGUGCCCUCGUAUCACCGACAUGGCCCUGGAGUACAUCGCCUGCGACCUGCACAAGCUGGAGGAGCUGGUGCUCGACAGGUGCGUGCGGAUCACCGACACCGGCCUCAGCUACCUGUCCACCAUGUCGUCCCUGCGGAGCCUCUACCUGCGCUGGUGCUGCCAGGUGCAGGAUUUUGGCCUGAAGCACCUCCUGGGCAUGAGCAGCCUGCGUCUCCUCUCGCUGGCUGGUUGUCCCUUGCUGACCACCACGGGGCUGUCGGGGUUGGUGCAGCUGCAGGAGCUGGAGGAGCUGGAACUCACCAACUGUCCCGGGGCCACCCCGGAGCUCUUCAAAUACUUCUCGCAGCACCUCCCGUGCUGCAUGGUGAUCGAGUAGCGCCGGGUCCAGCUGCCCGCUCCCGCGCCCACCCCGGCCACCAUCGCCCACCCCAUCUCCUCCCGGCCGCUGGGGGACACGAGAGAUGCCCUUGCUUCCAGCUGACCCCGGACAAGCCCCACACCGACUCCCCCGAGGGACAGGGGGCUCCGGGGGGAGAUGGGGGACGGCGGAGCCCCCCCGGGUAUGAUGUAAAUUCCCCCCACACCGCCGCCAUCGCCCGUUCUCCUCCCAGUGUCCUGCCAAGCCCUUCCGGACAGACGGACGGACAUCAUGGAAACCUAAAGUGGGAAGGCGACGCUGUGUGACCCCCCGGCCGCAUCCUGCUCCCCUCGCCCCGGUGCCGAGCGGGCACACGGCCCUGACACCAAGGAUACUCCUGAGGACCAAAGGAUGCUCCCAGGGAUGGACGAGAGGAGGAUGCUUAUUUUUGGCACCCGUGGGUGGCGGCGGAGGCUGAAUGGGUCCCCUCGCACCCCCGGAGCGGGUCACCGAGCCCACCCACCCGUGCUGUGUGUCCCCCCCAGCCCCCAGCCCUGCCUUUGGGGCGCUUUCUCCUGGUGAAUAGGAUGUUCCUCUCCGCCCGCCCACCGCCCUCGCAUGCUCGCUUGCUUCAGUCUCGUGCUACGGCAGGUUUCGGGGUACCCGGGGGCACGGUGACAAGUGACAGCCCCCCUUAGCCCCUCCACACGGCCGGACCCUGCCCAGGGAGCCAGGCUCUCCUGGCCAGCACCUCCCUCGUCCUGGGGGAUGGAGGAGGAGCGGCCCAUCCGUCUGGGAUGGGACAUCCCGGGGGACCGGGGAUCAGGGACAGGGCUGAGCCACCACGGGAACCGCCAGCACCGAGAAAAGGCAGGAGGUGGCACCCAGGACACACUGCCACCGCCACUGCUCCUCCAGCUGAAAAGCCAUCGCCCCGACGCCCGUGGCACGGGUGGGACCCCGGGCUGAGCCGAGCCGGGACCGAGCCGGGACGGGGCUGGGUGCCCGCGGGGACCCAGCGCACGAGGGGGCUCGGUGGCCGUCCCGGGGCAUCGCCCGCUGCCACAGCAGCGCCGGGAGGAGUGUGGGCAUGGAUAUGGACAUGGACACGGGCACGGGCAGGGACACGGACACGGACACGCUUUCGGUUUGUUUUGCCUUUGUACCGGCCGGGAAGGAACUGCUGCACCAAC